AUGGACGGAUCCCACACGGGCCAUGUUGGGAGCCUCUCCCCCUUCCAGGAACAGAAGCUGAAGCAGCUCUGGAAAGUCCUCUUCCACCUCGGUGGUGUUCUCGUUGACGAGAACUGCCCCGAGACCAUGGCCUUUGCCAUGGCGACACCCCCGCCGGCCGAGGAAGCCGCGCCGCCACGACGGACGGGAUUCUUCCGGAGGAGCGCGCCCUCGACGGCGGCCUCGUCCGACCCCUUCGGCGCCAACGGCGGCGACGACAAGUUCGGCCUCGCCAAGAAGUUCCACGAGACGCUCGCCAAGGUCGGCUCCGAGGCCCUCCGGGACUCGAUAUGGGCCAUGGUGAGGUCCGAAAACCCCGACGCCGUGCUCCUCCGCUUCCUCCGCGCCCGCAAGUGGGAUGUGCAAAAGGCGCUCAUCAUGCUCGUCUCGGCCGUCGGCUGGAGGCUGCACGACAUGAACGUCGACGACAUCAUGCGCAACGGCGAGGCUGCCGCCCUCGCCGACGAGAAGGCGGGCCACGGCGACGUCCAGAAGAUGGGCCAUGACUUCAUGGAGCAGCUGCGUAUGGGCAAGAGCCUGCUGCACGGCCGGGACAGGCAGGGCCGUCCCAUCUCCGUCAUCCGCGUCCACCUGCACCAUUGGGGUGGCCAGUCGCCGGAAAGCAUCGAGAGGUACACGGUCCACCUCAUCGAGACGACCCGCCUCGUCCUUGAGUCACCCGUCGAAACCGGCACCAUCGUCUUCGACAUGACCCACUUCGGCCUCGCCAACAUGGACUACGGCCCGGUCAAGUUCAUCAUCCGCUGCUUCGAGGCCAACUACCCCGAGUCUCUCGGGAACAUCCUCAUCCACAACGCACCCUGGAUCUUCAAUCCCAUCUGGAAGGUCAUCCGUGCCUGGCUCGACCCCGUCGUCGCCGCCAAGGUCCACCUCACGCACGGCAGGAAAGGCAUCGAGGAGUUCAUCGCGCCCGAGCAGCUAAUCAAGGAGCUCGGCGGCGACGAGGACUUUGAAUACAAGUACCUCGAGCCGGUCGAGGGCGAGAACGAUCGGAUGAAGGACACCGAGACUCGGGACUGCAUCCUCAAGACGCGCGGGGAGCUGCAGCGUCGGUUCGAGGAGGCCACCAUCCAGUGGAUUCGCGACGACCAGGGCGCCGCCGACACCCGGCUGGCCGUCGCCGCCGAGCUGCGGACCAACUACUGGACCCUGGACCCCUACGUCCGGGCGAGGUCGCACUGGGACCGCGCGGGCAUCAUUGACGGAAAAGGCAACACUCGGUGGUACGCCUCGGAGAGGGAGAAGGCCGACGGCGAAGCCGAUAAGGCCGUUGCCGACAGGCUCGACACGGACAAGGUCGACGACCUCGUCGUCAGCUUUGCCGAGGUCAAUGUCAAGGUGUAA